GAGCGAGGGUGUGUGAGGGGGAGGGAACGGUGGUAGCAGAACUCAGUCAAAACUGAUUUCCUGUAUCUCACAAUAGUUUCUACCAAGUUGUCAAUAGCUGUGCCUUGCCGAGGUGUUUUUCAAGAAAAAUGCAAGCUAUUAAAUGUGUGGUGGUUGGAGAUGGUGCCGUGGGGAAAACCUGCCUGCUCAUCAGCUACACCACCAAUGCUUUCCCAGGAGAGUACAUCCCCACUGUAUUUGACAACUACUCUGCGAAUGUUAUGGUGGACAGCAAGCCGGUGAACCUGGGACUAUGGGAUACAGCAGGACAGGAGGACUACGACAGACUGAGGCCCCUAUCUUACCCACAGACCGACGUGUUUCUCAUCUGCUUCUCCCUGGUCAGUCCAGCCUCGUUUGAGAACGUCAGAGCCAAGUGGUACCCAGAGGUGCGGCAUCACUGCCCUUCCACGCCCAUCAUCCUGGUUGGCACCAAGCUGGAUUUGAGAGACGAGAAGGACACCAUCGAAAAGCUCAAGGAGAAGAAGCUUUCGCCCAUUACUUACCCACAAGGCCUUGCGCUGGCCAAAGAGAUCGAUUCGGUGAAGUACCUGGAGUGUUCUGCCCUGACCCAGCGCGGGUUAAAGACGGUGUUCGAUGAGGCCAUCCGUGCUGUGCUGUGCCCCCAGCCCACCAAGAUCAAGAAGAAAGGCUGCCUGCUGCUCUGAGCAACCGCCGAGAGGAGUCGGAUGAACAACAGAUAUGGAGGAAGAUGAGGGAUGAGAGAGAUAGAAGAGUGAGAGAGAGAGAGAGAGAAUUUGUAACAGGAAAAUGGGGAAGGGAGUCGGGGGAAUGGGCAGAGGGAAAGAGAAAGAUAAGAGAGAGUAAAAGCAAAGGUACUUAUUUUGUUUGGUAUAUAUUGCUUCAGAACCUUUUCCUUUAAAUUUACUGAUUUACGUUUAAGAGCUGGAGAGCUGUAUUCAUGUGUGUUAUGGUCCGUAUUGAGCUCAAUAUUACCAGGUCUCAUGUUACAGAGAUCUUAUCAUGUCAAUCUUGAAUGUGUCCACAAUGUCACAUCAUUACAAAGAAGAGCCCUGUGCCUAAUGUUUUUUUUUUUUGGAGGGGGUGUGAAUCUUCUAUGGCUAACGUCACUAGAAUCAUUUGUUCAGCGGUACUUUGCUAAUGGGUUACUUUUCAGAAAGACUGAAAUAUAAAUAGUUGCAAGAUGAUCAAAUUAUGAACAGUUAUUAUUAUUACUAUUAUUAUUAUUAUUAUCAUCAUUAUAAACAAUGAAAGAAUGGAAAUACACACGGAAUCUAAUAAACAUAGUAUGACCAUUAACUAACUGACUCCUCUAUAUUUGGACAUGUGAAUAUUGCACAACAGUUACUUUCCUGUUGUCCUAUUCAGUCAUAAUCAUAGUUAGCCAGAAUCUAUUCAAUGGAAGCUUCACUUCAAACUGAUUUUCCCUACGUUCCCUCCAUCCCUAACCACCACGAGUUUGACUCUAGUCCAGCUGUCCAGGGAAUAGGCUCUGCCCCUGCCGUCUUAUUCCGGCAGGAUGUGCAAGGGUCUGCAGCAUGCUCAGCGACCUGGACCGAGGACCGUGCCUAUAUGCCAAAGACUUUCUCAUUGUUGCUUAUGUCUUUUGUAAAUCCUUUGAUGGAUUAAAACAUGUGUUGACUUUCA